AAACGCGAGGGCGGUGCCUGGCCGGCCGCCGCCUCCCCUCGGCGUUCGCGCAGCCCCUCUUUGUCCGUGCGUCGCGCUUUGUUCCCUGCGCCAGUCCCUCGAUCGGCCGGGCGUGCCGACCGGCAGCCCCACGCCGAGCUGGCGUCGUCCUCGCCCCCGUCGCCGCCGCCCCCCGCGCGCGGCCGGGCCCUGCCCCCCACGGUGUCGCGGUCCGAGCCCGAGGGCGAGGCCAUGGACGCCGAGCUGGCGGUGGCACCGCCGGGCUGCGCGCACCUGAGCAGCUUCAAGGUGGACAACUGGAAGCAGAACCUGCGGGCCAUCUACCAGUGCUUCGUGUGGAGCGGCACGGCGGAGGCCCGCAAACGCAAGGCAAAGUCCUGCGUCUGCCACGUCUGCGGCGUCCACCUGAACAGGCUUCAUUCUUGCCUCUACUGUGUCUUCUUUGGCUGUUUUACAAAGAAACAUAUUCAUGAGCACGCGAAGUCAAAACGGCACAACCUGGCCAUUGAUCUGAUGUAUGGAGGCAUCUACUGCUUUUUGUGUCAGGACUACAUCUAUGACAAAGACAUGGAAAUAAUCGCCAAAGAGGAGCAGCGGAAAGCUUGGAAACUGCAAGGUGUCGGAGAGAAGUUCUCAACUUGGGAACCAACCAAGCGGGAGCUUGAACUGCUGAAGCACAACCCGAAGAGGAGGAAGAUCACCUCUAACUGCACCAUAGGUCUGCGAGGGCUGAUCAACCUGGGGAACACGUGCUUCAUGAACUGCAUCGUCCAGGCCCUGACCCACACGCCGCUCCUCCGGGACUUCUUCCUGUCGGACAGGCACCGCUGUGAGAUGCAGAGCCCCAGCUCCUGUCUGGUCUGUGAGAUGUCCUCCCUCUUUCAGGAGUUUUACUCUGGGCACCGGUCCCCUCACAUCCCAUACAAGUUGCUGCACCUGGUAUGGACCCACGCGCGGCACCUGGCGGGCUACGAGCAGCAGGACGCCCACGAGUUCCUCAUCGCAGCCCUGGACGUCCUGCACCGGCACUGCAAAGGUGAUGAUAAUGGGAAGAAGGCGAACAACCCCAACCACUGCAACUGCAUCAUCGACCAGAUCUUCACGGGGGGGCUGCAGUCGGACGUCACCUGCCAAGUCUGCCAUGGAGUCUCCACCACGAUAGACCCCUUCUGGGACAUCAGUUUAGACCUGCCUGGCUCUUCCACCCCGUUCUGGCCCCUGAGCCCAGGGAGUGAGGGCAGCGUGGUGAAUGGAGAGAGCCACGUGUCGGGAACCACCACGCUCACGGACUGCCUGCGAAGAUUCACCAGACCAGAGCACUUGGGAAGCAGCGCCAAGAUCAAGUGCAGCGGCUGCCACAGCUACCAGGAGUCCACCAAACAGCUCACCAUGAAGAAACUGCCCAUCGUGGCUUGUUUCCAUCUCAAACGAUUUGAACACUCAGCAAAGCUGAGGCGGAAGAUCACCACGUACGUGUCCUUUCCCCUGGAACUGGACAUGACCCCCUUCAUGGCCUCCAGCAAAGAGAGCAGGAUGAACGGACAAUACCAGCAGCCCACGGACAGUCUCAGUAACGACAACAAAUAUUCCUUGUUUGCCGUCGUUAACCAUCAAGGAACCUUGGAGAGUGGCCAUUACACCAGCUUCAUCCGGCAGCACAAAGACCAGUGGUUCAAGUGUGAUGAUGCCAUUAUCACCAAGGCUAGCAUUAAGGACGUGCUGGACAGCGAAGGGUACUUGCUGUUCUAUCACAAACAGUUCCUGGAAUAUGAGUAGCCUUAUCCGCAGCUGGUUGGAAAAAAUGAAGGUGACGAGUUGGCAAGCCUAAUGAUGUGACCCCAGCCUCCCCGACAUUGAGAUACACUUCCCACACAGACAUGCCCUGAGGGUCCCUUUUGUCCUGGGACCCUCAGGGUCGAGACCGACAAGCACAGGUGGUGGGGGAGCUCCAGGAGGUGCACAGAGACCAGAUGAGGGUGUGCUCGGGGCAGGAGGCAGCAGAGUAGCCCUGUCACCAGGAAUCUCCUGUGCUCCUCAGGAUGUCUGGGGAGUCGGGAGCCUCGGCGCUGAGCAGCUUCUGCCUGGAGCUUCCUGAUACCUCCAGUUGUUCCCCAGCUUGCAGUUUGGAAAGGCGUCUGCUUGUCUUUAAAAUUAUGGGUCCAUUAAAGCAGUAAGUUGAAGAGACUAGGCUAGUGUGCAGGGCAGAGCUUUGCAGACACCUUCUCUCCCGUGAGUUUAGCAUUAAGAAUGUUGAGUACGGUACUCUUAGCCUCUGUUUUUUCAGCAGCUGUGAAGCAGCCCCCAGCGCUUGUGGAAGACCCUAAGUUGGAUUUCCAAGCGCAUCUGUUCUGCAGAUAACUUAGCAUCAAACUGCAUGUGGAAGCAUCUCUCAGUUUUUUAGAAAUAGUCAUUUUCUUAUCCCCCACCCCUUUUUUCUCUUUUUCCACAAUGGUGAAUUUCAUAAAUGUAAUAAUAGUAAACUGAAUGAAUUAUUGAGUUUAUACAGAAGUUUAGAUAGUUCCCUCUUUGUUCUCAAGAGUGGCUCUUGCUUUUAACUGUUUGUUGCCCCCACCCCAACCCCCAGCAUCUGUGUGUUUGGUCAGCACCAGUCGCAGCGGGAGAAUCAGGCCAUAGCUAGCAACUGUCUCUGUCAUCUUAGUCUGUGGAGUAAAUGCAGCGUCUCCCAGUGGCUUUAUUGGUUUCAGCCCUGGUCUUUUCCUUCUUGGUCUUCUGUCCCAUCGACCGUCUGUCGCUGCUCGGCGGUGAGUAUGUGGACACAGAGCUGCAGUGGCUCCAGUGGGGGUGCGUCAUGUCGCUGCUGUGCCUCGCUUUGCAUUUGGUGCAGUUUCAGGUGUGGCACGAAUAAGAUGACUUCGUGACUGAGCUUUUCGGUGGAGCUGAGGAAGUAGAACAGUAUGCAUUGUUCCUUGUAAGAUAUUUUGCAUGUAUCUAUCCAAACUCAAAUUGAGAUUGUCCAUUUCUGAGCAAUUACAACCUAGGAACAUGGGGGAGGAAAUUUUUUUUAAUACAGUUUGUGAAGAAGCCAUCUCUCAAGCUGUGCUUGUCCUGGGAGCACUGUCUGCAUCUGAACUGUGGGAUCUUCAGUCCUGGAGAGAAUGGAGUCGUUCAUUGCAGGGGAUAGCAGGUGUUUUUCAUAAAGAGCAAGGUGGUAAGCAUUGCAGGGUCUGGGGGCUAUUUGGUGUCUGCCAUAGAUAACACCUAAACAAAUGAGUCUGGCAUGUUCUAGUAAAGCUUUAUUUAUGGACAUGGAAAUCUGAGUUACAUACAAUUUUCAUGUGUCAAGAAACUGAUUUUUUUUAAACUAUCUAAAAUGAAAAUUAUUCUUAGUUCAUAGGCCCCACACAAAAGCAGGUGGGGACCAGCUCUAGCUCAUUAGCUAGUGGUGCUGGGAGGGGUAGAGACAGUGGGAGCUGAGUGGUUCCUCACUGCUCAGCGUGGAAGACACGAGAGCACAGGAAACAGCCGCCACACACUGGGGAACCAUGAUGUGGCAAAAGCUUCCAGGAUACAGCGUGUUUAAGCACUUGUCUGAUUCUUUUUUUUUUUUUUU